GUAGGACGAUUCGAGUCCGUAAAGGGUCCCACUUCGAGGGUCCUGAGCGACGAGGAGCUGAUGCCUCCUCCACGUGGUCUGCCCCGGCAUCUGCAAUCACAAAACCAAACCCUCCGAGACCACGCCGGUAGAUCGGCCGGUCUACCUGAUGACCGAACUGCACGGGGCGCCGGCAAGCAAUCCCAGAUGGCGGCCUCGCAACGGUACCGGCAGACUGAAAAGCCCUUCACAUCUGACAAGAAACUCAUGAGAAAUGACAUUUUGACUGAAGAUGAGAUUUAUGAUGAUGAAAACAGCACAGGUCCUGAACAGACCUCGGUGCCUGGAGGGCUCGACAGUCGACAAACUGAUGACCGAAUGUCGAUGUUUUACGAUAGCAAAAAUCACACCAAGGUACAUAGUCCUCACACAAUGCCUUUGAUUGUUGGGAUAUCUUUCAUUUCGUUUGAAGAGGCGAAUGGAAGGCAUUGGUAA